AUGGCUCGCAAAAUCCUCUGCGUGGCAGAGAAGCCUGCGAUUGCUCGUGCAGUGGCCACACAUCUUUCGGGUGGUUCUUUCCAGACACAUCCAAUCCGUGGGAAUCAAUAUGUAAAAAACUACGAGUUUGAUUUCAACUUUGGCGGUGCUUGGGGCAACUGCUCGGUCACCAUGACCAGUGUGAUAGGCCACCUUACUGGCCUGGACUUUGACCGCCAGUACAAAGGUUGGCUUUCCUGUCCUCCAGGGUCCCUUUUUGAGGCCCCUGUACAUGAGGAUGUUGACAAGGACAAGCUGCCAAUCGCGGAAAACAUCCGCAACCAAGCCAAGUACUCCAAGGCACUGUUCAUCUGGACCGAUUGUGAUCGCGAAGGGGAACACAUCGGUUCUGAAGUCCGUACCCAAGCCAUAAAAGGCAACGCUCGUAUUGAGAUCAAGAGAGCCAAGUUCAGUAACACGGAAAGCGCCCAUGUGCGUCGGGCUGCUCUGCAACCAGUUAAUCUUGAUGACUAUCAGGCAAAUGCUGUAGCUGCUAGAAUCGAGCUUGACCUUCGAAUUGGUGCGGCAUUCACACGUCUCCAGACACUGCAGUUACAGGCAGUAGUAACUGCUUUGAAAGACAAGGUUAUCAGCUACGGAUCUUGUCAAUUUCCUACGUUGGGGUUUGUUGUUGACCGAUACUUGAGAGUGCAAAACUUCAAACCGGAGACGUUUUGGGGCAUCAAAGUCAUUUUGUCCCGCGAAGAUAAGAAGGUCAACUUCCUCUGGAAGCGCGUGCAUCUAUUUGAUCGAGCAGUUGUGACAAUGAUGCUGGAACGUUGUUUGAUUGCAAAACAAGCCAAAGUCACAAAGGUGAAUCAGAAGCCUACAAGCAAAUGGCGACCACUUCCCUUGACAACCGUCGACCUACAGAUGAUGGGCUCUCGUUUCCUUCGGUUGGACAGUCAAACUAUUAUGAAGGUAGCGGAAGCGCUGUACACCAAGGGAUACAUCAGCUAUCCCAGAACUGAAACAGACCAGUUUGACCAAGCGAUUGACCUCAAGAAGUUGAUUGAGAAGCAAUAUCCUGACAACUCGUGGGGGCAAUACGCUAGAGAUCUCAUUGAUAGCAAAUUCAGGACUCCUCGCUGGGGUCGUCACAAUGAUAAGGCUCAUCCGCCAAUCCACCCAGUGAGCUGGGUCUCACCAAAUCAACUAAACGCCAAUGAAAAGAAGGUCUACGAAUUUGUAGUCCGUCGAUUCCUUGCCUGUUGCUCUGACGAUGCCAAGGGCCAGAGUACAGAGAUUGAGAUCCAAUAUGGAGAGGAAAUGUUCCACGCCAAUGGUCUGAUGGUGCUGGAGAGAAAUUAUUUGGAUGUAUAUGUCUACGACAAGUGGGAGAGCAGCCAGCAGCUUCCAAAGUUUGAGAUGGGCGAGCUCUUUGAGCCAACAGAAGCCAACAUCUUUGAAGGCAAGACUACUGCACCGAACUAUCUUACUGAACCUGAACUCAUUGGUCUGAUGGAUGCCAAUGGAAUUGGUACGGAUGCUACGAUGGCAGAACAUAUUGCCAAGAUCAAAGAACGUGAAUACGUCGCCACAAAUCAACGAGGCAAUGGCCGCACCUCAGUGCAAGAACUUAUUCCAACCCGUUUGGGCAUUGCCCUCGUGGAGGGGUAUGAUAACGUUGUCACGGGCCUCCCAAACAGUGUAUCUCUUAGCAAGCCGUUCCUUCGCAAAGAGAUGGAAUUGCGGAUGCUUGAGAUCUGCUCAGGUACCAAAACACGACAGGAGGUCGUGCAACAGAGUCUCGAUAUGUACCGGGAAGUUUUCAUUCAUACCCAAAGGCGUAUCAACAUGCUCAAGUUUGCCUGCCGGAAAUACCUUGUUGAAGAGGCUGCAUCAUGA